UGAUUUUUUAAAAUACAGAUUUCCGUAAUUUUACGAUAUCGUAUUUUCUGGCCAAUCAAAAUUAGGCUAAUCCUUGCAUAUAAUUUAAUCAUUUAAUCAUGCAUGCGUUUUUUGUCUUAUUUAUUUUUGUCUCUUAUUUCUUUAUUCUUUUGUUCAAUAUUUUUAAUUUUUUUGUCUCUUCUUUCUUUCUAUUAUUUCUUUAAUUAUAUACAAUAUAUUUACAUAUAUUUCAUAAUUUAUUGCUUUGCAGAUAUAGAAAUAUUUGUUUAUUAAUACUAAUUAUUUUCAUUUUUUUUUACUUCUUUAUUACUUUGUGUCGUAAUACUAACAAUAAUAUCCAUGUUUCCUUUAUUCCUUUUUACUUGUACUUUAAUACUAACGAUAAUAUCCAUAUUUCUUUUACUUCUUUUACUGUUUCUUUAACUCUUUUUACCUUAAUACUAACAAUAAUAACAAUAUUUCUUUUAUCUUUAUAUCUAAUACUAACGUUACU